AUGGUAGCCUUGUCAUUUCCUGAUCGCUACCUUGUGCAUGCCAGAGAGCCACUGAUCACCCAAGCCCCUCGAGUUGAUGUCAACUCUCUUUUUGCUCGAGGAGAUGUAUCUACCUGCGGUUUUGUUAGCGGCGAUGUCAAAUCACCACUUACGUGUCCUACGAGCUACUCCUGCACGUCUACGGUACAAGACAUGAUAGGAUGGGCCUGCUGCGACCAGAUCCAGUGCGCAGGAAACUACCGCAUCUGCGCGGACUACGGUGCUCAGCUCUGUGCCGGGGGUCUAGAUGCAUCAGACUGCUCAUCGAUAUAUACCUCCAUUCUGUCUUGCUCUUCGGCUGCUCCAUCCUGCUUCUCGUACGCUCGGUCGCUGAGCCUGGGGGCCGUCUCUACGUAUUUCUCCUUGGCGUGCGGCCAGACAUCCGGCACCGUGCUGGCUCUUCAGACGUUCUUGGGUGGCAACUCACCAGCAGCGGGCACAGCAGCCUCCUCUACCGCACCCGGCCAAUCCAGUCCUUUCUCAACAGCCUCGAACGUCGGCUCCUCGCCUACUGAGUCCUCUCCGUCUAGCCUCUCAGCCGGAGAAAAGGCCGGUAUCAUUGUCACAUCCGUCGGUGUCGCUGUCACUAUGUGCUCUGGCUCGUCACUUGCGGCAGGCGGGGCUGCAAGAGAUCGGUCAAACCGCAGCAAGCGCACGCGGGACAUCAGCUCGGGAAUGUGGGCAGUGGAGGUGCUCAUAAUGUGGGUGCCAAUCAUGUCGCACAUGGUGGGCGGUGGGCCCCGAUUGGAAGACCGUGAUGCUCUGGGGUGGGUGAAUGGAUGA